AUGGUUUCGCUCUCCACCUCCACCAGCCACGCGCAUUUACUCCCGUCGGCGUACAACCGCCGGCCGGCGGAAAGAAUUGUUACAGUGCGAUGUGUCUCCAUUUCCCCGCGAGAGCCUAAUCAUACGAUUCGUUAUGAUAAUAGCAAUAAGGAGACGAAUCAGAGCAAAUGGCUGAUGAGUACGGAAGACGUGACGGAGGAUAAGGCGAAGGAGGAUAAGAACACGAAGAUCGCGUCUAGGAAAGCUAUAUCCACAAUCCUGCGAAGAGAGGCUACAAAGGCCAUAAUCGAGAAGAAGAAAGGACCCAACAACUCGAAGAAGCUGCUUCCGAGGACUGUGCUUGAGGCUCUUCACGAGAGGAUCACAGCUCUCCGUUGGGAAUCCGCUCUUCAGGUGUUCGAACUAUUGCGUGAACAGCUAUGGUACAAAGCAAACGUUGGCAUUUUUGUAAAGCUCAUUGUCAUGCUUGGAAAAUGCAAACAGCCGGAAAAGGCUCAUCAGCUCUUUCAGGAAAUGAUCAGUGAAGGCUGUGUGGUAAACCAUGAAGUCUACACCGCACUUCUAUCUGCUUAUAGCAGGAGCGGCUGCUUUGAUGCUGCGUUUACUCUUCUGGAACGAAUGAAAACUAGUCAUAACUGUCAGCCGGAUGUGCACACCUAUUCCAUCCUCAUUAAGUCCUUUCUUCAGGUUUUUGCCUUUGAUAAGGUUAAGGCUCUGAUUUCUGAUAUGAGGAGACAGGGUAUUAGGCCCAAUACAAUCACCUAUAAUACCCUCAUCGACGCAUAUGGGAAAGCCAAAAUGUUUGUGGAGAUGGAAGCAACACUAAUCCAAAUGCUUGGAGAGGAUGACUGCAAGCCUGAUUCUUGGACCAUGAACUCAACUCUUAGAGCAUUUGGGGGAAAUGGACAGAUAGAAAUGAUGGAGAAUUGUUAUGAGAAGUUUCAGAGCUCUGGGAUUGAACCCAACAUCAGAACCUUCAAUAUCCUCCUUGAUUCAUAUGGGAAAACAGGUAACUACAAGAAGAUGAGUGCUGUGAUGGAAUUCAUGCAGAAGUAUCACUAUUCAUGGACCAUAGUCACCUAUAAUGUGGUCAUUGAUGCAUUCGGGAGGGCAGGAGACUUAAAACAAAUGGAAUACUUAUUUAGGCUAAUGCAAUCAGAGAGAAUAAAACCUAGCUGUGUUACACUAUGUUCUCUUGUUCGUGCCUAUGGAAGAGCUGGUAAAGCGGAUAAAAUUGGAGGAGUCUUGCGUUUUAUCGAGAACUCAGACAUAAGGUUAGACAUUGUGUUCUUUAACUGUCUGGUAGAUGCCUAUGGGAGGAUGGAAAAGUUUGCAGAGAUGAAAGGUGUUCUCGAACUAAUAGAGAAGAAGGGAUUUAAACCUGAUAAGAUUACAUACAGGACAAUGGUUAAGGCUUACAGAAUUAGUGGCAUGACUAGCCAUGUAAAGGAAGUUCAUGGUUUGGUUGAGUCGGUUGGUGAAGCCCAAGUUGUGCUGAAGAAGCCGGAUUUUUAG